AUGAGUAUUUUAUUGGGCAUGGGUAAUCCCCUUUUAGAUAUCUCCGCCGUCGUCGAACAGGACAUUUUGGACAAGUACGAGUUAAAACUGAAUAACGCCAUCUUAGCCGAGGAAAAGCACAAUCCGUUGUACAAAGAAAUGGUGGAGAAGUAUCCGGUGGAAUACAUCGCCGGUGGUGCCACGCAAAACUCUAUUCGCGUGUGCCAGUGGAUGUUGAAGACGAGCGGCGCGACGACCUUUAUCGGAUGCGUCGGUGAGGAUGAUUUUGGCACCCAGAUGACGAAAGCGUGCCAAGCGGACGGCGUGACGACAAAGUACAUGAUCGACAAAGCGACGCCAACGGGGACGUGUGGGGUUUUAGUGAAAGACGGCGAGCGAUCUUUGAUUGCCGCGUUGAACGCGGCGAACAACUACAAGUUCGAGCACUUGCAAGAAGCAGAAAACUGGAAGAUUGUUGAAGACGCCAAGUUUUAUUACAGCGCCGGCUUUUUCUUGACGGUGUCACCAGAAUCCAUGAUGGCGGUGGCCAAGCACUCCGCGGAAAACAAGAAAUGUUACAUGAUGAACUUGUCUGCACCGUUCCUAAUGCAAGUGCCGCCGUUUUUGGAGGCAAUGAUGAACACUUUACCGUAUGUUGACGUGUUGUUUGGAAACGAAUCCGAAGCGGUCACCUUUGCGGAAUCUCAAAAGUGGGAAGGCGUCACGGACGUUGCCGAGAUUGCGUUGAAAAUCAGUCAAAUGCCGAAAGCGAGCGACCACUGCACGAGAACGGUCGUGUUCACGCAAGGUGCGGACGCUACUAUUGUCGCCAAAGACGGCAAGGUCACGAAAUACGACGUCAUCAAACUAGCCAAAGAAGACUUGGUCGAUACGAACGGCGCGGGAGACGCGUUCGUCGGCGGGUUCUUGUCCCAGUUUGUACACGGUAAGGAACUAGCGGAUUGCUGCAAGGGUGGUAACUACGCCGCCAAUGCCAUCAUUCAACAAUCUGGGUGCAAGUGUCCGGGAGAGUCAAACUUCUCCAGCUAA